UUGGUAGUUGCCGGACCGGUCAUCGAAGUGGUCAAUCACAACGGAAACACAUGGCAGCCUCUUUGGACACGUACAAUGUUACCUCCAUGGCUAACGAUGACUUUGCUAUACCGUGGGAAAGGAUUGUCAUUGGAAUAUCUAUGUAUAUCAUUAUUCUUAUUACAAUAUUUGGGAAUGUAUUGGUACUUACAGCUGUGGCUAAAAACAAAAACCUACAAACAGUGUUUAAUUUCUACGUAAUAAAUCUAGCUGUGACAGACACGCUUGUUGCGGUGACCGCUAUGAUUUCAUAUACAACAGAAAUUAUACUAGGAUACUGGCCGUUUGGAAAAUUCUGGUGUGGAGUGUGGAUUUUUUUCGAUUAUGGAAUGACGUUUGCGUCCGUUUUUACACUACUGAUUAUCUCAAUAGACAGGUUUUGGUCAGUUACUUGGACAGUCCACUACAGGGUACAUCAUAACACCAAUAAGUGUGUCCGGCUUAUCAUAGCUGUCUGGGUCGUGAUGGUGGUACUAUGGCUCCCCCCAUGUAUCCUUGACAGGAUGAACAACUCCGUGCCAUACCAAUGUGUUUGGGAUCCUUCCAAAAACAAAGAGUUUGUUAUCGUCAUAGCAACAAUCGGCCAUCACGGAUCAUUUGUUGUCAUGAUGCUGUGUUAUAUACGAGUUUUUCUUGUUGUCCUAAACCGGAAAAGAGUGGGAAAUGUAUAUCAACAUUCUAAGCAAGAAAUUGUCAAGAAAACAACGAAUCUGGUAAAAAUUUACGCCAAAUCAGACACAGAUAUUAAUAUAUCGGAACCACCUGCCGGGAAAGGUAUUAAAUCAUCUUCAGUGGAAGAAGUAGGUGAUAAUAAGAUAGGACCGGAAGUGACAACAAAUCCGACGUUUCCCUGGAGAAGCGACCCGUACCUACGACCUGAUUCAUAUAAAACGUUACUGAAAGUGAAUGACAAAAAGAUGUUUGUUUCUAAUGUUACAAUAACAACGGCAGCUUCUGGAGCACUAGACACGGACCUAGAUACAAGCGACGGGUCAUGUAAAGCUUACCAAGAGAGGCCACAAACGAGAGAUAGAGGUCAUUCCAAGAAACGGAAGCAAAAAGAGGACAGAAAAUAUGAACGAAACGAAAGGAAAGUGUUUAAGACUUUAACGUAUAUCUUAGUUGGUUAUGUGAUAUGUUGGCUUCCGUUUCAUUUAGUGUUUGACGUCAGAUGUGCUUUGCCGGAAGCUGUACCGCCACUUGUUUAUAAUAUUACAUUUUGGUUAUCUUACAUGAACUCUACUAUCAACCCAUUCCUUUAUAACUUCAGCAGUGCCGAAUUCCGUGCAGCAUCUAAGGCUUUACUCUUCAGAAAAAGCCGAACAUGAAAGCUCGUAUGAAUCUUUAAAGAAUGCACUGUGGUGCAUUGUGAAUUAUUUGAAUUACCUGUCGAACUCGUACAACAUUUUGUAUACACACAUUCUGUCUCUGAGGCGAUCAUUAACACUCCAAUCUAGCGUCGUCUUUAAAGGACUGGGCGUGUAUGCGCCUUUAAUAUAGGUGUUAAAUGGAGAUUAUUUUUAAUCUCUGUGAUGAAUUUGCCCCGUUGUUGUCGUCAUCAGAGUUGACAGGGACACUAAUUUAUUGUAAAAUGAUAUUUGGUGGCGCUCUUUUGGGGUAAACGGGGGCUUUUUUUUUUUAUUUAUAACGACUGCAAAAACCAACUUUACCAACUAUUAUGAAUCCCUUUUGUUGGCCUUGAUGACAGCAUAAAAGGUUUUAAUGUGAGAGGAAACAGAAGUACCAACAGAAAAGCCACUUUGUCGGGCAGGUGCCAUACAUUUCCACGGUCGGUCAAGGAAUCGAAUCCUGGCUGCCUACGAGAAUGGCAACUGUGUAACCACUGUGCUACCAAACUGUAACGCUUUCAAUGAUAUUUACGAAGCACAUGACUUUGUAUCUAUUUGAGUUUAAUUCAAUUAACAAAAACAAUAACAAAAACAAGGAUACCAAGCUACAGAUAAAACUCGAUGAUUAAAAGUACUACUUAAUAACGUAAACUUUUGAAGACAUUUUGACAUAAAAUGAAUAUUUAAUUAAAAUAGUCUCGUGAUUAGAAAAAAAUACUAUGCUAUGUAAGAUUUAUGUUUUAGUUGUCCGCUCGAUUUUAUAAAUAAACAUUGAUAGAACUAG